AUGGCCAAUGUGAGCAACUGCAACCUGGCGAAUUAUGGCUACGACUUUGUUGUCUCAACAACCCAAGCUAGCAUGAAUUCGGACAUGAAAGCAUUCAUCAGCAAUGCCCCGUUAAACUUCAGCUACUAUUGCUUUCUGGCGGAUCCCGAGACUAAUGAUCCAACGGUGCCUAUUGCUCUGCAGGAUCUUAUCAACCAGGCAGGUGGUGCCAAUCCUUUCGAUAUUCCGGACGGAACUCCACAUACAGACUCCAGAGUUCAGGCGCUCACAAACGCCCGUUUCGCAGUUGGCAUCAAGAUCUGCGUUGGUCUGCCUCAAGAUAUACCCCCUGCAGAACUCCCGGACAUCUUAGAGCUCGGAGAUAGUAUCAGCCAGAUGACUUUCAGAAUCUUCUGCACCCAAUCUGCCGUCAUCCAAAACACGGAAGUUGGCGAUUGGUCCGCCAACGGAAACUGGAGCGUCUGGAAUCAGCCGGCGAACCAGCUAUGGGCGUUCGAAACGUCGGUGAACCUUGUUGCUGCCACUGUCGAUAAUCAGCUUAUCUCAGAGAACGUGAACCUGAGCCCCUCCCAGAAGCAACAGGUUCUUAGUCAGCUGCAGAACAUUUCCAGCACGGGCUUCACUCUUCAGCAGUUAUUCCUUGACGUGGAGAACGCGGAUGUACUGAGUGCACCCACUAUCGAAGGCAUGGCAGCCGGUCCCGCGCAGCAAGUGCUCUCGGGACAAGCAACUAAUUUCUGGCCCAUGUUCGCGAAGCAGUGCACGUACCCAGCUGUAGCGAUUAUCGCACAGUCCCCGGUAACACCAGACGUUCCCUCGAUUCAGGUUUCAUCCUUCCAACAGGUAGUCAACCCCUUCAAGAGCAGUAAUGGGGGUCAGAUACUUAGUCCUACGAAGGAGGAAUCUGGCGUAGCAACCUUGGACUAUCUUUGCAUGGCGAAUUGGGAACAACCUCCAGUUGCAGAAGCCUUCACGUGGAACUGGGUGCAGCCAUCAGACAUUGACUCUGAGAGUGGUCUGUUGGCAAUCAACCGUGCAGUUUGGGUUGAAUACCUAUUUAAUGAGAUCGUGAGACAAGCCACGCAAUUUUGCGUCCUUGCCGAUCCAGUAGUGGGAGAUGAACAAAUGAAUCCUAAUACUGGCGACUUCUGGGAUACGUUAUCGAUGCCACUUACUCCAUUUCAGGUACCCCAAACUGCCUGUGUUCUCCCAGAUGGAAAUGUCCUGAUCAACAUUGAGUAUACCUCAGCUGGCAAUCCUGCAACAAAGUCAACCCACGGUUUCAGUAUAGUGUCUGGUCAGCUCGUUGUUACACAGCAAUGCAUAGUAGGGGUUACACUCGAUGUUGUGGGAGCUCAAGGAUACCCAGAAGAGUUUAAACAGACUCUCAAUCUGAUUGAUACGACUAUAACUGAUUCCUAUCAGAUGUCAGCGGAUCAGAGUGGUCGUUUAGAAUGGAUAAUCGCGGAAAGCGAGUCAGUAGACAAUUCGUCAAAUUUUGGACAGGACUUGGUCGGUUGGGCACAUGCUGAUGACCUUGAAGCGGUAAUUAGAGCCUAUUUCGAGCCUUAUCUCCCUACACCGUUCGAAUUCAAAUCAACCCCUGAUCUGAGUAGCCUUCAGAGCUAUAUCUUCCCCGGGGGAAAUGUGUUUACCUACAAAGACGUGAGCUUUUCACAGGCCGGGGAUCUUCUCUGCACUCUCACGUAUCUGGAACCAGAGGAAGCUGUCUCUCCGCCAGUAACGCCACAGGAGGCCCCAGCUGCAGAAGUCAUCAGCGCUAUCCAGCCGCCGAAAGAAGAUCUGACGAUUUCUGCAGCUCCAUCAGUCAGCUUGACGCUUUCGUCUGAUAUGAUUCAGAGCUAUAUUCCCGGACAGAUCGUCAAUGCUGCGAGCAAGUUCGAAGCUCUUCAGACUGAUGAUGGCCACUCCAUUCUCCUUGGACUGAGCAGUAGCAACGUGCUGCAAGCCAUCGUGGAGCAGAGUGGAGCAACCUCAACUGGCUGGCAACAGAUAGAUAUCACAUCUGCUGCUGUUGCUUCUAACUUUCCUAACGAUCCCAGUGCCGUGGUCAAGACAUUCGACGCUAACCAGAGCCCUGUGGAUAAUACAAUCAGCAUGGCCGCAAUUGUCACAUCUGGAGGAACAGAUAAUCUGCUGUUAUCUCUCGAUAACCCCCACGCAUCCGCUUCCUGGGCGACGACAACAGCAACAAGCUUGACUUGGAAGCUUGUACCAUUUGAUGCAGCAUCUGAUAGCGGAAAAACGUUGGCAAGCAUCGCCAUAGAGAAUGUCAUGUUUGCUGAGGCAACCUUUAAUGGCACACAGUAUAUUAUCGUCGACAUAGACCGCUCAUCAACAAGCACAGUCAAAGACAUCGCUCGAUACUACGUCAACCCAGCCGCCACAGAGAAUUGCUGGAUGUUCCACGAUGUUCCAGUCGAUAUUCAGGCUGGCAACUACCAAAGCUGUAUUGGAAGGUUUUCAGUGGACUCGUAUGGAACUGAUGCAGUCUUUACAUCAGGGACGACUGGUACAUCUGCCCAGCUUGUCUAUGUGCCGCUGUCUAACCCCUUUGGCGCCGGUCCACCCCUUAUUCGCACUCUCAGCCUCCCUGGUGGAGCCCAAGCAACUGCAAUUGCUACCUCUAGAGCCAGUGACGGGUCAACUGACUUUUUUGCCAUUGGUGGCUCGACGUUGUAUAUGUUUGCCGCAGACAGUGCCCCUAGUGUCUCGGUCGCUACGACGCUGUUCAGUAGCAGCUUCUUUAGUGGCACUGAUCAAUUGAGAGCUAUGACAGAUGGUAGUGUUACAACAAUUUGGGGUAGAAAUACCAGCAACCAAAUCUACUAUGUGUCCUGCCCAAAUGGACAAUUUACAACAAAGGCUGCAUGGAGUACACCACUGCCCCUUGUCACGGGUAUAGAUCAGAUAUCGGCCUUUAUCAACCACAGUUGUGGCAGUAAUACCAUAUUCGCAGCUGGAGGUGAAACAAUCAGAAGGCUAGAGCAGGCAACAAACACUGGUGCCAAGCUUUGGCGGCAGGAAGCCCUUGUUCUACAGCCUCAGCAGGUGACAUCCAGCCCGUUAUCAUUCAACUCAUACACAACUACCAUUCAGGUCUCUGACGAGCAAGGGCUACCUGCAGGCGAUAUAUCUAUUUCAAUAACGACAGCAUCACGAGCUCCUGUCUACAUCAAUGGCGUUUACUAUGUUCUCGGCUCUACAGCCACCAUUGUAGUCACAGACAAGACUGGAAUUGUCACAGUUGUUGAGUCGGCUCACAAAAGUAUCAACGGGACGACCCUGACUGUGACCUGCUGUGGCCAGACAGACACAAUCGAUCCGACGGAGAAGCAUUUCCAGACGAUCAGCUUGCUGGGUACCGCUGAUGCUUUGUCGGCCGCCACGAUUCAGACCAAUGUACGUGUUGGCGGUACCUUCGGCCCGUCCAAAACAGCUCCUCUUGUAGAUGCGUCGACACCGGCUGCCAAUCUCAGCAAAGCAGCGACUAGUCUAGCAAGUCUUAACAGCGUUUAUGGAAAAGUCAAGUCUGGUGCAAGCCCGAGCCCCGGUCCCAGUGCCGAUUCAAUGCCUACACCAGCUCCAACCUCGGUGCUUGAUAUUGUCAAUUUCAGCUUUUUGGGAGACAUUGGAAACUUCUUCACAGCUGCGGCCGGAGAUGUAUUUCAUGCUCUCAAGACGCUUGCUAGCGACGUCGUCCAUGUUGUCCAUAUUGUUGAGCAGGCUGCUAGUGGUGUAUGGCAUUUCGUCGUCACUAUUGCAGGUCAAGCCUAUCAUGCUAUCUUAGAUACCGUCGAGGCUAUCGUUGGGGCAGUUGAGUGGGUCUUUAAAGCUAUUGAAACUGGUAUUGAAGAUAUUAUUCGCUUCCUUGAGUUCCUCCUGGAAUGGGAUGAUAUUACUCGCACCAAGGACAUCAUUCACAACCUGACGCAGCUCUGUCUCCAGGGACAGAUUGACCUGCUACCAACAGGCAAGACUGCUCUCAAUACUGGAAUCGCCAGUCUUGAGACCCAAGUUAACGCCUGGGCUGGUGACUCGAGCUGGAUGACUCAGAUUGGACAAGCGAUCAAGCAGCCCAUAUCGGCAAAUGCUGCAAACCCCACCACAGGACAGACCUCAGGCUCCCAGAUGCUAGCAACUCACUAUAAAAACAAUGCAUCAAAUCUGGCUAUUGUAGGAACCCCUCCUGCAGAUGACUCGGUCCAACAGCUUUUCGAUGAUCUUCUCACCGCACUUGAUAACGAGGGCAAGACUUUAACUGCAGCUUACUCUGAAAUUGUUGAGUUAUCUAAACGCUUUACCUCACAGCCUUUUGAGGAUUCUCUUAAGCAGCUUGUAGGAAUUGUCGCCGAUGUCAUGCUGUUGAGCUUUGAGAAUGUGGGAGAUGCCCUUCUUGAUUGUCUUAUCACGCUGUCUCAGAACGCCAUGAGUCUUCUGAACACUAACAUUCAUAUUCCCGUUAUAUCCGACAUUUUGAAUGCCCUUGGUGUUCCGCCACUAUCUAUUCUGGAUCUAUUCUGUUGGAUUCCUGCUGUUGCUUUCACAAUGGUAUACAAGAUUGCUACUGGCAACGCCCCAUUUCCUAAUAACAGUGAAGUAAACUCACUCAAGAAUGCCCAAAGCUGGUCUGACAUCCAGGCACUCCUUGGUGUUAAGUCUGCUACUCCAUCGAUCGCCCAACAGAGUGAUUUCUUGGCACUUGCGGCUUCGGAAAGUUCACCUUUACCACUCAGCCAAGAGUUUCGGAAAGACCUCUAUGUAUUUUUACAUACCAUGGGAGCUUUCCAGCAGGGCAUACUGACUUUUGUGAGCCUUCUUGAAGUUGAACUCCCUUCACAGGACAAUCCAUAUAGCAAACCCAAGACAAUCAUCACCAUAAUACGCGCCGCAUUUGAUCUUAUCGCUGAACUGGCUGUACCUCAGGACCCAAUCCAAGACGAGACACUCAAGAUUGUGAGCUAUGCCCAAGUAGCUACCAAAAUUGUCGCCCCUCUCGUCUUGGGCAGGAACAAGAAAAGUCUAGCUGCCAGUGGCACCAGCGCCGUCUUUCCCGAGCAGGACGGUCGCGCCAGGGGAGCUAUGGUCAAAGUAAUAAUCGGGUACUGGGGCGUGCUGGAUACUGUCUUGCAUUUGUUUGAACUCAGUAACGAAGCUGAGAACUCGGAUCAGACGGGAGCUAUACUCAUUGAGACAAGCAGCCUGCUUGGACAAGUAAGCGCUGUUUCAUACUGUGAGGCUGUCAACGAUCCAGAAGCUAAAGAGGAGGCCUUCUUGGUUAUGGGCAUUGUAGGAAUUCUUCAAGCAGGGCUGCAGACAGCACUAUGUUCGACCGUUUAA